GUCCUCCAAAGUGAGGACAGGCACGGAGGACGAGGUUGUUAAGAGCGGUGACGGCGAGUCUGGCAGCAGAUUAGCUGCGGCCUAGUGCACGGGUUCGGAGAGGGCCAUGGAAGUGCGGCCGCCGGCGCCACAGAGCUUCCUCUGCAGGCAGCGGAGUACUUUCCCUCGGGUUUUUGCUGCGGGAGCUGUGGCCGCCGAUUCGGAGGCUCUCGCGAAGAGAGAGAAGCUGUCUUCCUACGUCCCGGAGCCCGAUUACUCGGAAUCCGGAUGGGACCGCCUCCGGGACCUGUUUGUCAAAGAUGAACAGAGAACUUCAAAGGAACUUGAGAAUAUUUAUAAGGCAGCAGUUUCAGCAGGCAUCAUUGGCUGGGCAUAUGGGGGAAUACCAGCUUUUAUUCAUGCUAAACAGCGCUAUAUUGAGCAGAGCCAAGCAGAAAUUUAUCAUAACCGUUUUGAUGCUGUGCAAUCUGCACAUCGUGCUGCCACACGAGGCUUCAUCCGGUACGGCUGGCGUUGGAGUUGGAGAACUACAGUGUUUGUGACUAUAUUCAACACAGUCAACACUGGUCUAAAUGUGUACCGAAAUAAAAAUGCCCUAAGCCAUUUUGUCAUUGCAGGAGCUGUCACAGGAGGUCUUUUUAGAAUAAAUUUGGGCCUGCAUGGUCUGGUGGCUGGUGGCAUAAUUGGAGCCUUGCUGGGCACACCUGUAGGAAGUCUGUUGAUGGCAUUUCAGAAGUUCUGUGGUGAAACUGUCCAAGAGAGAACACAGAAGGAUCGCAAAGCACUCCAUGAGCUGAGACUGGAAGAGAGCAAAGCCAGACUACAAUUUACUGAGCUCCUCCCUGAAGAAAUUGAAAAUAGCUUACAGAAAAAUCGAUCCAAAGAUGAUGUUAAGAAAAUUGAAGCACUGCUAAAUCUUCCUAGAAAUGCUUCAUCAACAAAUAAACAAGACAAAGACUGAAAAUGUUCUGGACUUAACAUUCAUUGGUGAAUCGAAGGAAUCUGUGUCCAUUGAAUGCCAAUGGCUAGGCUUCCCCUUGGUCAGUCUGCUGACAGAUUACGUGCUGGCAUCUCUAGUGGCACUGACUUGCUCUUAUCUUUUUUUUAACCAAGAAUUGGGCUAUUGUGCGCUCACUUUACUUAUCCUUAAAUCUAAAUACACACUUACGUCUUUCCUGAUUGAUCUAUAUAUUUGACAUUAUAUCUGUAGUGAUCAAUCAAUACAUAAUUCUUUCCCCUGGAUUUUACGACACUAGAUUUAAAAUUUCCCAAGAUUGGAGU